AUGAAUUUUGAUGGUGCCUCUAAAGGUAACCCAGGUCCAUCUGGGGCAGGGUUUAUUGUUAGAGAUUGGAAGGGUGAGGUGAUGGCUCUUGGUGCUCAAAAACUUGAUGAAGGCACAAACAACAUAGCAGAAGUGUCAGCGACUUUGUUAGCAGUUAGAAUUGGUAAGUUAUUGGGUGUAAGGAAGUUAUGUUUAGAAGGGGAUUCUUUGAUAAUUAUUCAGGCUAUAAUGAAGAGGAGUUUAGAGGCGUGGCAGUUACAAAAUUUUAUUAGUAGUAUAAUUGAAGAGCCUAAUUUUUUUGAAGAUUAUCAAGUAAGUCAUGCGAGGAGAGAAGACAAUGCAGAGGCAGAUAUAUUAUCUAAAUGGGAUAUAUAA